AUGAGCGAAAUACGUCAAAAGUACUGGGUGCCAUCACUGCGUCAACUAUUAAAUAGCAUCCAGAGCCACUGUUCCGCCUGCAAACUUCGUCGAGCCAGGCCACGUCAACCCCAGAUGUCUGCCUUACCGAUGGAGAGGGUGACCCCAUACGUUCGAGCCUUCACAUACACAGGACUUGAUUAUUUUGGCCCAGUAAGUGUUGGAAUCCGCCGUCAACGUGAGAAAAGGUGGGUUGCUCUUUUUACCUGCUUUACAACCCGUGCCAUCCACCUGGAGAUUGCCACAGACCUGUCCAGCGAUGCUUGCCUGAUGUGUAUCCGCAACUUCAUUAAUAGAAGAGGUGUCCCUGUAUCCAUAAGAAGCGACAACGGGACCAAUUUUGUUGGCAUAGCAAAGGAAUUACAAGGUAUUGAUAUGUUUUUGGAUACUAAUAGUCUCUCUUCAGGUUUGACGGCAUUGGGCAUCAAAUGGAUAUUCAACACUCCGUUGAAUCCAAGUGAAGGCGGCGUAUGGGAACGGCUUGUGCAGUCCGUGAAGAAGGCAUUGUACAUCAUGUUGAAAGAGCAGGCUCCAAAGCUCGAAACGCUCCAAUCGUUUCUAAUCGAAGCAGAGAACAUCAUCAAUUCGAGACCCUUGACUCAUCUACCUGUGACUCCCGAAGACCCGGAACCAUUGACCCCGAAUCAUUUUCUGCUUGGGUGCACUAAUUCAACCCAAACUCCGGCACCAUAUGAGCCCAGAUUGAUGUGUCUUCGAAAGCAGUGGCGUGUGGUGCAGAACUUAAAGAACGGCAUGUGGCAUCAAUGGCUGCGUGAAUAUCUUCCUGAGCUGACGAGAAGGACGAAAUGGUGUUUGCCAUCACAACCGUUGGACGUGGGCUGCCUUGUUUUUAUUUGUGACCCAGAUCUUCCAAGAAGCCAAUGGAAAAGAGGGCGUGUCAUCGAGCUCCAUCGCGGCAAAGAUGGUGUAGCACGUUCAGCCGAAGUGCGCACAGAUGUGGGUGUCUACCGCCGUCCUGUUUCCAAGUUGGCCAUACUAGACGUUGAAGACUCUGCUGGUGAAGGUGAAGCCUCCCCCUCUGGGUCAGUUCACGGGGGUGGGGAUGUCGUUUGA